CUCGCAGUACGACUCGGCGAUAGGUUAAAUGACCUUUAUUUUUCAAGUGAUCGCGAUCAAUUAGAAUUGUUAUUAAAAUUUCCCUUACUGAUUAGAAAAGGACGUUAGAAAAUCCUUUUUAUCUACAUAGUUUAUACAUUCGUAUUAUUAUUAUUAUUGCUUUCUUUCAAAAUCUUUUUUUCUUAACAUUGUAUUGUAGAUCUAGCAAUCAUUGAUGAGACAAGUACCAUAUUUUAAGGAGAUAGUAAACUUGUGUGAUGUUCAAACGAGUUACCAGAGACAUUUCGAAAUUUGAACAGGAUGGAAAUCGACAAGUCGUAUCAAAACGAUGGAGAUGAUGAUGCUAAAGACAUCUGUGUGAAUCUCAAGAAGUCGAUCCCACUAUUGGGGGAAUUGUUUCAUAUACAUCGCAAAGUUGGAGAAGGUGCGUUCAGUUCUGUUUUCCUGGCCACUCUCAAAUCUUCCGGUGGAAAGAAGAAAUUUGCAUUAAAAUACUUGAUCCCCACUUGUCAUCCUGAGAGGAUCGAACGUGAAUUGAAGUGUCUGCAACAGAUAGGAGGUAAAGAGUAUAUCGUUGGCUUAGAAUUAUGCUUGAGAAAUCAUGGCUCGGUAGUAUUCGUGAUGCCAUACAUGAGGCAUGAUAAAUUCCCAGACUAUGUGAGAGACAUGAAUGUCGAGGAAACCAAGGAUUACAUGAGAGCUCUACUAAGCGCUCUACGAAGGGUUCACAAGUUCAAUAUCAUCCAUAGAGACGUCAAGCCCAGCAACUUUCUCUAUGAUCGUAUUAAUAGAAGAUAUCUAUUGGUAGACUUCGGUCUUGCUCAACAAAGUACUGUGGAGAGUUUCAAAACCGUGAAAGAGACGAACGUAAAGAGCAUAGAGGAGUCAUUGGCUAUGAAGCGGAAAAGAUCGGACGAGAACAACUUAAAUCUUCAGUUGAACACCGCUGUAAAGAGGAUCGAGGAUAACAAAUGUAUCUGUUUCGCCAAACCAAAAGUUUGUUCAUUGUGUUUAACGAGGCCGCAGGAGCAGGCGCCUCGUGCGGGCACUCCCGGGUUCCGCGCUCCGGAAGUUUUAUUGAAGCAUCCUUCGCAAACUUCAGCGAUUGACAUUUGGGCCAGCGGUGUGAUGAUGCUGUGCAUACUCAGCGGCACGCAACCGUUUUUCCGCUCGCCAGAUGACUGCACAGCUCUGGCAGAGAUAACGUCGGUGUUUGGAACAUGUCAGCUGCGGCAGUGUGCGCAAAAAUUAGGUAAAAAAGUUAUUUUUAGCAAUAAUUUGCCGGGCAUCGACAUCAUGUCGCUGUGUCAAAAGUUACAGAAAAGAAAUAGAAGCACGACAUGCGAUAGGGAUAAUACAUGCAAGAAGGUGUUGCCAGAUGUCGAAUAUCCCAGGGAAGCGUACCAUCUUUUGACGAAGCUUCUUGAUCUAGAUUACAAAACACGUAUCACCGCGGAACAAGCACUGUCUCACCCAUUUCUGAGUUCGUGAUAUGUACAAAACUUUUAUAAUCUUUAUAGAGCACUUAUAAUUAUCUGCAUAUAUUUGAUUUGAAUUCUGUUAUGUACAUACAUUUCACACAUAUACACACAGAUAUCGUUAGCAUACGAAUAAAUACCGCAAUGGUAUUCCGUCUUGUUGCAAGUCUUUUGGUUUUACGUUCGUUAAACAUUCCACAUUUACCCCAGCAAAAUACUUUACGCGA